AUGUCGAAAAUAUUGCAAAAUCUUCUCAGUCUCAUUACGACUUCUGCCGGUCAUAUUGCACUCAACCCUUUAGUGACAGCAACCCUACUAUGGGCGUUGACAAAAGGGCCUACACGACUUCGUAGCCAACUCACAACUCGAAUCCCUGCUCUUCGAGACCCCCACAGAUAUGCACGGAUUCUGAAGGCCUUGAAGUGGUGUCUGAUAGCUGGGACGGCAUCAGUUGUUAACAAGCAGCUCAAUCACAUUGCAUUAAAUGCAGGCAGGUUGCGAAGUGAGAAGGCAAAGUGGAACUGGAGCCGGGAGGUGGCAGUUGUAACAGGAGGAUGUAGCGGAAUCGGGGAGCUUGUGGUCAAGAGAUUGGUCAGUAAAGGGAUAAGGGUAGCAGUGCUGGAUAUUCAGCAAUUGCCUCCAGGGUUGCAGGGUUAUGCCGGUCUGAAGUUCUUCAAAUGCGAUGUUACCGACCCAUCCGAAGUCUACUCCAUCGCCGAAAAGAUCAAGGAAACGAUGGGUUCACCGACUAUUCUCAUCAACAAUGCCGGCAUCCUAGCUUCUCACACCAUUCUCACCACAUCCGACGUGUAUCUCCGGAAGAUCUUCGAUGUAAAUGUGCUCAGCAACUGGUAUACCACUAAAGCGUUCCUGCCAGAUAUGCUUCGUCACAACAAGGGCCAUGUCGUGACAGUCGCAAGUACUGCGAGCUUCGUUGGUGUCGCUGGUCUGGCGGAUUACUGUGCGACGAAGGCGGCCAUUCUCAGCUUCCAUGAAGCGCUCAACCAGGAACUCAAGCUCCACUACAACAGCCCGAACGUACUGACAACAUCCAUACACCCCAAUUGGGCUCGCACGCCUCUUCUCGCACCCGUAGAACAGGAGCUCAAGAAGCAGAGAUCUGCAAUUAUUGAGCCAACUGCCGUCGCGGAUGCGAUUGUUGGAAGGAUCAUGGGCUGCAGCGGCGGACAGCGCCUCGGUCGCGUCGAAGCCGCCGAAGAACGCGUCGCGUCUCCCCCCUCCAAUUGCUCUGCAACGACAUACAACACAUUACGUCUACGAUCAAACCACCAAAUCUAUACUACAAGAAGGAUGUCAGAACCACAGGAAGACGUUCAGAUGGACAUCCAAGAGAUUGAGCUGGAAACACCGCCCUCAGAUGUCUUCAUGGCACCUUCAAUAUCCAAGCCAGGCAUUCUCGGCGGAAAGUCGUAUUCGCACUUCUCGCCAAUACCGAAGCGAAUAGCAGACGACGUGUCCGGAGAAGUCGUGCUAGGUGUUGAUGAAGCUGGACGAGGUCCUGUCUUGGGACCCAUGGUGUACGGACUCUUCUAUCUACCCAUCGAACUGCACCACUCUCUCCUUGCAGAAACGCACCACUUCGAUGACUCCAAGGUCCUGACUCCCGAAGUCCGCACAGAGUUAAUGCGCAAGCUCUGCACCAAGGGCUCAGAUCUCUACGAGGCCGGCGGAUGGGCAACACGCGUCAUGUCAGCUCAAGACAUCUCAGCGCACAUGUUAUCCCCCAACGUGUACAAUCUUAACGCCCAAGCAAUGGAUGCCACCAUAGACCUGAUCAAGGAGGUGCUGGCUCAAGGAGUGAAUGUCAAGGAGAUCUACAUCGACACCAUUGGCAAACCAGAAAUUUACCAGAAGAAGCUAGAGAGGAUAUGGCCUACAAUACGGAUUACAGUCGCGAAGAAGGCCGACAGUCUAUAUCCUGUUGUCAGUGCGGCAUCAGUGUGUGCCAAGGUUACUCGGGACGCCGCCCUGGACGUCUGCUACGAACCCUACCAGAAUCGCGCCACCGAGGCGAACGAAGAUGCUGAAGUCAAGGUGGCUUGGGGUUCCGGAUACCCGUCAGACCCAAGGACGCAGACCUGGCUGAAGCUGAACAUGGACCCUCUUUUUGGCUGGGGUAGCGAGACUCGCUUUUCGUGGGGAACCGCCAAAGAGCUUCUAGAAGGGAAGAAACCCGACGUCGCUAUCGAAUGGCCUACGGAAGACGAUGGCAACGAUAUGCGCAUGACAGACUUCUUUAGUGGUAAGAAUGAGGGUGGUGGAGACGAAUUGGUUGACUGGUUCGGAAAGCGUGUUACCCAGGAGAUGGAUGUGUUCUGA